AUGGACAUUGGUCGCCCAACCAAUAUCUGUCACGUGGCUCACGUAACAUACGAUCGCUUCGAUGGUUUUCUCGGUCUUCCUUCUGAAUUCGAGCCCGACGUGCCCAAGAAGCCGCCUAGUGCAAGUGCAACAGUGUUUGGGGUUUCUACAGAGUCAAUGCAGUUAUCAUACGACUCGAGAGGGAAUUGUGUUCCAACUAUACUCACGCUAUUACAAAGCCGGCUAUACGAUCAAGGAGGUUUGCAGGUGGAAGGAAUUUUCAGAAUCACAGGAGAUAACAGUGAGGAAGAGUUUAUUAGAGAAGAGUUAAACAAAGGAGUCCUACCAGAACGUAUUGAUAUCCACUGUCUCGCCGGACUUAUAAAGGCAUGGUUCAGAGAAUUACCAAGAGGGGUACUUGAUCCUCUGCCAUCUCAACAAGUGAUGCAGUGUGAGUCAGAGGAGGAUUUUGUGAAGGUUGUGAGACUCUUGCCGCAAACGGAAGCUUCUCUUUUGAAUUGGGCAAUCAAUCUGAUGGCUGAUUUUGUGGAGUUCGAAGAUGUUAACAAGAUGACCUCACGUAACCUUGCUUUAGUAUUCGCACCCAACAUGUCCCAGAUGGCAGAUCCUUUAACAGCAUUAAUGUAUGCUGUGCAAGUGAUGAACUUGCUGAGAAUCCUCAUAGACAAAACACUCAGAGAGAGGAAAAUUGCAUCUUCCCAUGUCGACCCUUGUGAUAACAUAAGUGAGGCUCAAGAUGGUGAUGUGGAAGAAUAUAAUCAAGAAGAAGAAAUGUAUAUUUUUGAAGAAGACGAAGAUGAAGAUAUUGAUGAAAAGGACAAGGAAGACGAGACAAUUGAAGAAUCCGGGAUAAAAACAUUGCUUGCUGAUGAACACAUACCAUCAACUGAAGUGAAUACUAAUGACCAAAAGAAACAGGAAACAUGAAUACAGGUGUUGAAGUUGGAAAGGUCAUUAGCAGUAUUGUGUGUUUUGAUUGAAUUCUCUUCUUGUGUUAUUUUCUUCGUUAUCGAAGGUGCAGGUAACU